AUGGCGGACCGUGUAAAGAGUUUCCAACUCUUGUUUGAUCGUCCCAACGAACCUUUGAUCACACCCAAAGGCGAAAAUGGAGCAAUAUUCCAACUUACUCAAGAUCUUUUGCCCGUGGACUAUGAGGACAAUGGAAUCGCGCUAAAUAAUCGUUUCGGUGAGGACGCGGAUGAGAAGAUCUCAUUGAAACCAUUAUCCAAUCCUCCGCAAUUCCCGAUAGCGUCGCAACUGCCUACCGAUGCCGACUUCUCGCUGUUCCUGCCAAAGCAUCAGGAGAUGGCCACCGAAGUUAUUGACACACUCAUGAAUAUUCCUGAAAACCAGUUAGAUGAUCUACUGUCAUCGUGUGUUUACGCUAGAGGACGUCUUAACCCACAGCUAUUCAACUACUGUUACUCAGUUGUGCUGAUGCAUAGACGUGACACCAGAAAUGUACCAAUCCAAAACUUUGCAGAGACAUUCCCAUCCAAGUUCUUGGACUCACAAGUAUUUGCUCAGGCGCGCGAGACAGCCGCAGUAUUCCCCCGUGGGGUUCCACGUACUCCGAUCAUCAUUCCAAGAGAUUAUACUGCGACGGAUCUGGAAGAAGAGCACCGGCUUGCAUACUGGCGUGAAGAUAUUGGGAUCAAUUUACAUCACUGGCAUUGGCAUUUGGUGUAUCCGUUUACGGCCAGCGACAGAGCCAUCGUCGCUAAGGAUCGUCGUGGAGAAUUAUUCUUCUACAUGCAUCAACAAAUCAUAGCCCGUUUCAAUUGCGAGCGGAUUAAUAAUUCUCUAAAGAGAGUAAAAAAAUUUAGUAACUGGCGUGAGCCGAUACCCGAAGCUUACUUCCCGAAGUUAGACAGCCUAACAUCAUCUCGCGGCUGGCCCCCGCGACAGGCUAAUAUGACAUGGCAAGAUCUAAACCGUCCCGUAGAUGGAUUGAACGUCACUAUUUCUGACAUGGAACGCUGGAGGAGGAACCUGGAAGAAGCUAUCUCAAUGGGAGUUGUCACAUUGCCGAAUGGAUCAACGCAACCUCUAGAUAUUGACACGCUGGGUAACAUGGUGGAGGCUAGCAUCCUGUCUCCCAAUCGGGAACUCUACGGAAGUGUACACAACAAUGGACACAGUUUCUCUGCAUACGUCCAUGAUCCGAGCCACCGCUAUCUCGAAUCUUUCGGCGUGAUCGCCGAUGAAGCUACAACGAUGCGCGAUCCAUUCUUCUACCGCUGGCACGCGUGGAUAGACGAUCUCUUCCAGAAACACAAAGAAUCCAGCUUCGUACGCCCGUAUAGUCGCUCCGAGUUGGAGAAUCCUGGUGUCCAAGUGACUUCAGUAAGUAUAGAAACACAGGGCAGUCCGCAGAAUGUUCUCAGUACAUUCUGGAUGUCUAGUGACGUGGACCUCUCCCGAGGACUGGACUUCUCCAACCGUGGUCCCGUGUACGCACGGUUCACCCAUCUUAAUCACAGGCCUUUCCGAUACGUCAUCAAUGUGAACAAUACGGGCAGCGCCCGGCGCACCACAGUACGGAUUUUCAUCAGCCCGAAGUUUGAUGAGCGCAAUUUAGCGUGGUCACUGGUUGACCAAAGAAAGAUGUUCAUAGAAAUGGACAGAUUCGUAACUCCAUUGAAUGCUGGUCAGAACACCAUCACGCGUCAAUCUACGGAGUCGACGUUUACGAUUCCAUUCGAACAGACGUUCCGUGAUCUAUCGGUUCAAGCUGAUGACCCACGUCGUGCCGACCUCGCGGCAUUCAACUUCUGCGGAUGUGGAUGGCCUCAACACAUGCUCGUUCCUAAGGGAACGGAGGCUGGAGCGCCUUAUGCGUUGUUCGUUAUGCUCUCUAACUACGAUUUGGACCGGAUUGACGAGCCCGGCAGCGUUGAGAUUUCCUGCAAGGAGGCGUCUAGUUUCUGCGGUCUACGCGACAGAAAGUACCCGGACAAGCGCGCCAUGGGUUUCCCAUUCGACAGACCAUCACGCACAGCCACUAACAUCGAAGACUUCAUAUUGCCUAACAUGGCACUGCAGGACAUCACCAUUCGUUUGAACAAUGUCACAGAACCUAAUCCUAGAAACCCUCAAUCCUAAAUUGCAACUUUUUUUAGGUACUCAUCAAAGUAAUGAAAUAUUACAACAAAUUCAUAUGUAACAGAAUACUAUGUGAAUAUGUUUAUUUUAUUUUUCAAGUAUUUAAUAUUCUUGUGGCAUUAAUAAAAUGAAAGGCUGGUAAUUAGGUCUAGGCUUAUGUAUUAAAUAUAAAUGUACAUAUUUAAUUUAAGAUAUUUACUGUAAAUAAUUGACCCUAUUUGUAAUACUUAAUACGAUACUGGAUUUAGAAAUAAA